UAACACCAGUCUCAUGGUGAUAUUUCUUUUGUACAUAGUCGCAGCAUCCCGCCACUUACACAGUCACAUUUGGGUUUAGAAGAGAUAUGACAAACUCUGAGGGAGAAACAACAAAUUUUAGUUCAAUUGAAGGAUUCAGUAAACAACCUAAGAUUUUUUUUGGAGUAUACACUGAUGGAGGUGAAGACCGACAUCAACGAAAUAAAGAGAAAAAUAAAUAAAGUUCCCAUGGAAUCUCCUGUAGGUUCUGAAUUUACUGGGAAGAAAGAUAGCUCAGAAAAGGAAGAAGAACCACCUGCUCAUAUUGAGCAAACGUCAGAACAGGAGUGGGGACCCGAUAUUUUUGAAGCAGAACAGUCGAUAUGUAGAAUGACUGCCUUUGAUGAAGCUGCACCUGAUAGUGAAUCUAAUAAAUGUGUCGGGAAACCUGGAGAAGGCAUCUCUAAAGACCUAAUUGGGAGCUUAGUCCGAAGGAUCAAGUCCAGAAGACCGAGGAAAAAGAGUAUGAUUAGUUCUCCAUUUAUUGUUGUAAAGAGAAAGAAGCUGGAAGUUCUGUCCUCAAAUAUUGAUGAUUUAUUACAACAUAUUUAUGAGUCUUCCACGCCGAUUACCAUACCAUCUCCACGGCUCGAUGAAACUAGGGAAAAUGAGGCAGAAGAAGCUUGGGAGGAGGUACAGCCGGGCGCAAUUGUUCCAUAUGAAUGUGCCCUCCCUUGUUCAGCUGUAGAGUUUCCCGGCAGAGAACUACUACCAUCACGCAUGCAACAGGGAUGACUUAAUAAUUGCUCAGGGUCACAUUCAUAUUAGCCGAAUUGACCUGGAAGCACUUUGGGAUAAUAAAGAAAUCGACGUGGAUCAUGUAGAUUUGUUUGCCAUUGGAUUAGAAAACCGUCGGCGUCAGUCCCCUAAUUCUUUUAGACCCUAUUUGUAUGUCUCUCGGGCGCAUUGGGUAAGUAAUAAAAUUCCCAUUAAGUAUGUAUAUGCAACAAUUUCAUGCCUUUUUUAAACUCAUUUAUUAUGUAUA